GCACUGGGCGCAAUAGUGUUGUUGUCUCAGUUUUAACGAAACAGCGAACGGGUUGAGAUGUGUUUGGGUUAAUUUGGCUGAGAAAAAAAUAAAAAGAACGAGUGAAAGUAUAAGAAUAUUUGUGCAUUUGUUUGGAAUAGCAGAGUUAAGUAUCAUAAAUGUUUACAGUGUAUUAAACUAACUACAUUCAAGAGGAAUUUCCUGGCAAAGAAGUCGCAAAUGUGAAUAUACAUAAAUUGUCAAUAUGUAUACAAAAGCUAUGUGACCAGGAUAAAGUGCAUUCCAAAGUUAUCUGUUUUAUAGAACGAGAUCUAGUUUUUGGACACUAGUCAAAGAGUAUAGGUUAAAAAUACACAUGUACAAUUAUUACUACAGAAAAUAGUACAAUACACUAGAAACGCACUUAAUUUUAUCAAAUAGUGGAUAUCUAUAUUAUAUUUUUAAAUCCCAAAUUACGGCAAUUACCAAAAUCUGCAUAAUGUCGAGUCCGACUGAAGGUGCGUCAAGUAAUGAAGCGAGAAGUAAUGAGAAAACGGUUGACGCAGGAAGUGAUCGCAGAAGUAGUGCUUCUGUUGUUGUAGCAAACAAUGAAAGCACAGUAAAUUCCCAAAAACCAGCAUUCAUGCGAAAUAUUGAAAUAGACGAUCCGACUCACGGAACCGAUUCAGGGUUCUUGUCGGGUUCGAUAAGCUCAAAUCUGGAGGAGCAAAAGAAAGAGAAGGAUAGGUCCGCUGGAAGAGAGGAGGGCAACUCUAAAGACAACACUGAGAGUUUGCAUUGUCACGAGAAAUCUGAAGAAGUUUGUGUUGUUGAUUCGGGUUGCAUUGAAGAAGAAGACGAAUACGGCGAACAUCAACCUAUUGCACAACAACACACGCAAUCACCCAAUCAGCAAAAGAAAAUAUUUGACUCAAGUUUGAUUAAUAAAAAUAUGAAACUCAAACACGAUGUCGAUGCUCACAUCUCGGAAAGAUUUUGCAAUCUUACUUUACAAAAUGAACCAAUAAAUGAUUUGAAUGCUUCUAGCAAAGUUGCAACAAUAGAGCCUCUAGCGACAACAACACCAAAAGCGAUAGAAUCUAAUCAGCUACCCGCUUGGGAACAAUGCUAUCAACAAAAUGAUGAGGGAGAUACCUAUCUCCACUUAGCAUGCAUAUCAGGACAUGAAAAUGUUGUAGCUGCUCUCAUCCGCCUCGCUAUACAUCCUUGUCUUCUGAACAUUAAAAAUGAUUUUGGUCAAACUCCUUUACAUCUAGCCGCGCAAACAAAACAAAGAAGGAUAUUGCGGAUGCUUUUACUUGCCGGCGCUGAGCCAAGUAUACGUGACCGACACGGAAAUACACCUUUGCAUCUUGCUUGUAUGUCUGGGGAUGAGCAAUGUGUCAGCGCUUUAACAGUUCCAUUUAGCGCUUCAGAGAUUAAUGAAGCACAUCGUCAGUAUGGUUAUAGAUCUAAUGAUAAACUGUUUUCUUCUCUGAGCUAUGCAUGCCUACCGCCCAAUUUAGAGAUUCGCAACUAUAAUGGCGAAUUUUGUGUUCAUUUAGCUGCCGAAGCGGGCCAUCUGAAAAUAUUAAGCAUUCUAAUACAAUAUGGCGCUGAUAUCAAUGCCAGGGAAGGAAAAGGCGGCUACACACCGUUACACAUUUCCAUUGAAAGGGGCAAUGAAGAACUUUUCAAUUUCCUACUUGACGAUUGCAAACAAAAACUGAAUUUGGAAACAACAACUUUUGGUCGUCUAACUGCAUAUCAAUUUGCAUGCAUUUUGAAGCGUUCGCAAAUGCAAAGUGUUUUAGAAAAUCAUGGCGCAGAGCCGCUCGCUCCGCCAGACAGCGAAUAUGAAAGUAGCGAGGAUGAAUCAGAUUUGGAAGAUUCUAUGACCUAUGAACAUUUCGUGGAUCCUGGCUACUUUGGGAAUUUCAAAGGAGGAAAUGCCAUGGCAGUCAUGUAAAAAAAAAUAUACUGCUGCGCAUCAAAUAUGCAUUUGGCGCUUCUACUACGGAAGUACCUUUAUGCCCUCAAUGUACUUAAAUUUAUUACAAAUUUAAAUUAUACGAAUAAAUAAGUACAUAAUUGCCGAAAAAUAAAUUUAGAGAACUGUAAACAUAUCUUUACAUAUUAAGUAGUUAAAGUAUGGUUUAUAAAAGCCUCAGUGUUCUGUGUGUGUAGAAUUGAGUUCAUACUUAAAUGUGAAAUUGAGAAAAAUUAAUACAUAAAAGUUGAACCAAAUUUAAAAAUAAAUAUUAAUAUCAGGUUGCAGCUGCAACAACGAACAAAAAAGCUUUUAGUACAAUGGGAAAACCGAAAACACCUUUCUCCUCUCCACGUCAACAAAAA